UCUGUCAACACGCGCUCCGCAGCGGAAAAUGUGUUUUGUGAUGUUUUAAUACCUGUUGAGGCUAUUGGAGCUCCUGCGCUUUGGAUGAUAAUGGGCUAUUUUUCUUUCUCUUCCAUCAAGCCGAAAGGAGGCUGCCACUCUUUUGGAGUAUGUUUAUUAAUGCGCAGUGGACAUAUUUUUGUCUUUCAUAUCCUCCUCUUUCCCCUGCGUGUUCUUUCUCGCGUCUGACGCGUGAAAAUGUUUUUUUGAUGGCACAGCCUGUUCACUCGCCUUAAGGUUUGAAUGAUGUAAAUCUUUUGAGAUGAAAAACGGCACUUUGGGGGAUAUUUGCUUGCCUGCGCGCGGCUCCCGCUUGUUGUUGGAGUGUUUGGAGGAACGCGCAACUUUCUCGGGAGCUGCACUCGCAUCUGGACGUGGAACCGGAGCUGGAUCCGUGGCUGCGGUUGGUCUGAGCGGCUCGCGAAGGCGACACUGUGGGGCCCAAAGGAGCGGCCCCACUAUUGGGCCCAUUUGUAGCCCGGCCGGGCAUCGGGUUAAGUUGUGGUUUGGAGAGGAUGAAGAUGGGGCCGAUGAUGAUGAUAGUGAAUGGCAGCGGCUCCUCUCUGUGUUUACUGAUGUGCGUAAUUGUCUUUUUCCCGCGGUACUCUUACUCGCACCCGCAGCCGUGCCAGGUUCUAAAGCGCAUCGGCCACACGGUUCGGGUGGGGGUUCUGCAUGUGCAUCCUCGCUUACUGCCCGACACCGGCAGUUCCGAUGUCUGGAAUAACGCGGGGAGUCCACCGGAGGCAAGAGAUGGGCGAGCGCAUGCGGGCAAGCAGUUCCCAAAAAGUGCCGGGUUCGAGUUCCGAAGCCUCCGGAGUAGAGGUUCCGCUCCCAGCCAGCGCGGUGGGAGUCGGGCUAAAAUCCACGCCCGGCAGCGAGAAGAGAACGCGUCGUGGGAUAAUCGCUUCUUUGCGCCCAGAGAGUCCGUCCUGCUGGCGGCGGAGGCUGUGAACCGAGCUGGGAUUCUUCCUUUCAAUUUGUCGCUGGAGCUCGUCAUGGCGGUUGGUUCGGGACUCGGCGAGCUUCCCGCAUUCUCUUUCGCCUCGCCGGGCAGCCCCGAGGACGAGGACCCGCUGUCCUUUGUGGAGAGCGUGUGUCACACGGUGGUCGUGCAGGGCAUCUCCGUCAUGGUGUCCUUCCCUCGGAACCGUGACGAGUUUGUCAAGUUGGAGUUCGUGUCUCAAGCCCUUCGGGUGCCGGUCGUCAGCGUUCUGCCGAGAGAGUUUCAGCGUCAAAGUGAGAAUCCUCUUCAUUUCCAAAUGGCCAUGCGGACAGUGGAGGCCCCGGCACCCCUUCUUCUCUACUCGCUUCUGAUGAUGAAUGGCUGGUGGGACAUUAACCUGUUGCUCUGCCAGGAAUGGGACAUAAGCGAAUUUAUUUUCCUCAUCAAAAAUAACACCCGUUUCCACCUGGGCGCUUUUGUCAACCUGACAACUUCAACCUCCGCACUGCCUUCGUCUUCUGUACCAAACUCAGGAGGCGCAUUAAGUCCCUCAACAGGAACAGAGUUGUCAUCAUCAACAUUUUCCCACCAUUUAUCUUCAUCUGCUUCGACUUCUUCCACCAAAACGGAGCAGCAGCAAGCUCUCAUGCGGCAAUUGGAGGCCCUGAGAGAGCCUUCGUCCACAGUUGGCGUGGUGACGUUCGGGUGUGAGAUUCGCGAGGUACGGCGCCUGUGGGCGAUGGCCACUCGGAUGACGCUUCCAGAAUUCCACUGGAUCUUAGGGGACGGCCAGAAUGUGGCUGAGUUAAGAACAGAUGGAUUACCCCUUGGUCUAUUGGCUCACGGAGUCAUGGCGUCACCUUCUCUGGAUCACUACGUCCAGGACUCAUUGGAGCUGGUGACACGGGCUAUUGGAAGUGCUGCCAAACAGAAUCCUUCUCUAGCGCUCAUUCCUGGAACUACAAAUUGUAUGGAUGUACAGCAGAGCAAUGGAAGCUCAGGGGAAUACUUGACAAGAUUUCUUUCCAACACAUCCUUUGAGGGCCAGAGUGGCUUUAUAUUCAAAGAUCGUGAGAGCCAAAAUGUCAUCUCCGAGGCCCAUCACUACAUCUGGUCCCUCCAGCUGGACCCUCUUGGCCAGCCAACUUGGACGAGACUAGGACGUUGGCGCCGAGGGAAAGUUCUGAUGGACCAGGGGGCCUGGACGAGCCGCCAGGGUUCCGGAGGGGGAGGCGACUGGCGCAGACCCACGAGGCUGCAUUUGCGGGUAGUGACACUGGUGGAGCACCCGUUUGUCUUCACCCGGGAUGUGGAUGGAGACGGCUUGUGUCCCGCUGGCCAGUUGUGCCUCGACCCACUCACCAACGACUCAUCGGUUUUACAGAGUUUUUUCCAAAAUCUUGCAGGACCAAAUGGAUCUGUCCCCACGGACGCUAAGAAAUGCUGCUAUGGUUAUUGUAUUGACUUGCUGGAGAAACUGGCGGAGGACAUGGGAUUCAGCUUUGACCUUUACAUUGUUGGGGAUGGGAAAUACGGAGGCUUUAAGAAUGGCCGCUGGACGGGAUUAGUGGGUGACCUGCUAAGUGGUGCUGCUCACCUGGCUGUGACGUCUUUCAGCAUUAAUUCAGCAAGGAGCCAAGUCAUUGACUUCACCUCGCCCUUCUUCUCCACCAGCCUGGGAAUUCUGGUUCGCACCCGUGACACCGCAGCCCCCAUCGGGGCCUUCAUGUGGCCUCUCCACUGGUCAAUGUGGCUUGGCAUUUUUGUCUCUCUCCACGUCACCGCCAUCUUCCUCACCUUGUACGAGUGGCACAGCCCAUUUGGGAUGACCCCACGCGGACGCAACCGAGAUCGCGUCUUCUCCUUCUCCUCGGCUCUAAACGUGUGCUACGCUAUACUUUUUGGGAGAACGGUGGCCAUCAAGCCUCCAAAGUGCUGGACGGGCCGUCUGCUGAUGAACCUUUGGGCCAUUUUCUGUCUCUUCUGCCUGUCCACCUACACUGCGAAUCUGGCGGCAGUCAUGGUUGGUGAGAAGACCUAUGAGCAGCUGUCAGGGAUUCAUGACCCAAAGUUGCACCAUCCCUCGCAGGGAUUUCGAUUCGCCACAGUGAGAGAAAGCAGCGCUGAGGACUACGUUAAAAAGAGUUUUCCCGAGAUGCACGAGUACAUGCGACGAUACAACGUGCCAGCAACACCAGACGGCAUACACAAUCUCAAGGCCGAUCCCCAGAAAUUGGAUGCGUUCAUCAUGGACAAAGCCCUGCUGGACUAUGAGGUCUCAAUUGAUGCAGACUGCAAGACACUCACUGUUGGCAAACCGUUUGCUAUCGAAGGAUAUGGAAUCGGGCUUCCUCAGAACUCUCCGCUCACCUCCAACUUCUCCGAGCUUAUCAGUCAGUACAAGUCGGAUGGCUUCAUGGACAUGCUGCAUGACAAAUGGUACAAGGUGGUGCCGUGCGGGAAGCGCAGUUUCGCCGUGACUGAGACCUUACAGAUGGGUAUAAAACAUUUCUCCGGGCUCUUUGUGAUGCUGUGUGUCGGUGUGGCCUUAUCUCUGUUGACCACCAUUGCGGAACACAUCGUGUAUAAGCUGGUGAUCCCGAGGGUCAAGGAGCCACGCUUCAAAUAUUGGCUGCACACCAGCCAGAGAUUACACCGAGCCCUCAACUCUGUCUUUGCCGAUGACAAGCUGCCGACUGUCACCAAGCCUGAGAAGAGGUGCAAUGAAGGAAACAACCAGUCGGCAUCCUGGAAUCCCGCCGAGUCCUCUCUCUGCAACAGGCGUAGGGUUCUUCUGAACGAGGCGCACAAUGACUUGGAGCGCCCGACUUCCCAGGAUCUUCCUCUUCCUCUCCCACCGGCUUCGGCUCUUCCUCUUCACCAUUCACUUCCUUUACUGAAGAAACAUCUUCCCAUUGUGACCACCUCGAAUGGGCGCUCCAACCUGGUGGGUCGCUUGUGUCCACAAGGAUUGGGGCAAGGGCAAGGGAGCACUGCGCCGGGCAUGACCCCAGGACAGUGUCUGGGUUUGGGUGUUGGCGAUUGUGGUCCUGGCCUGGGUGUGGGACGCCAUCCAUUGACGCAAGAGCUGUCGGAACUGGAGAGUCAAAUCACUGCGAUCAAGCAACAGCUGCAGUCGGCCAUGAGGAGGAAGAGAGAACUUGAAAAGUACCAGUCGGAAAACCCGCUAGCAAACCAGACUACACCUAGUCGAGCUACUGUGCCCCAAUGUAACCAGUUGUCACAGUACACACAAUCCCAGCAACAGACUAACCAACACCAAGACACACUCCCAGAAUUCUGAAACUGUUCCCUCAUUUGUCCUGGGAAAACUUCCUACAUGUGGUGGUCGUGCAGGAGGACAUACUCCCGAUGGAUGCAGCUUGAGCAUUUAUUGGUGAACACUGUUUUAAGGCUCAGGAGAAUCCCUGAUCACUGGACUGAAAGGUUCUUUUAGGAUCAUAUCUUGCGGUUAGCGCCAAAAGAAUCAGUUCUUGACAUGUGAAUUGCAUUUGGCAGGGAAUAGUGGGCAAUGUAUGGUACCAAGCACCAAGUCAGUCCUUCCUUGCUUGUUUCAGUUUGUGGUGAGCUGUGUAAACCAUCCCCUGCACUAUCUCUUUACCCCCCUUACCUUCAUUUUCUUUCAUCCAUUCCCUACUGCUUCCCUCUCUCACGCCUUCCCCUCUAAGCCUCGCCUCUUCAAAGGAACAGAUUCGCUUUGCAGCGAUUAUAAGCCUGAUCCCAGAUACGAAGACGCAUAGGUAUUUAAGUCAAAUGGGCCAAAUCACCUGAGUCUACGUCCACGGCUCACUGGUGAUGACCUGAGCUUGAACCUAGCCAUGAAGUCUUGAUGUCACUUAGAUCUUGACAUAACCUUGUCAUGUUUACCAAUGACAUCUAAGCUUUGUAAAUCUAUUGUUUUGACUUGGGUCUCUUAUUUUCUGGUAAUCAUGUUGUCACUUUAUCUGUGAACGUUGAAUGACAUUUGGGUUGACUCCUCGGCAGAGUUUGACAUCCGGUCUUGAGGUACUACUAGAGUACAAUGAUCGGGUGUAUAAGGGUUCAAGAUCAGAGCAAACAGAUUGUUUUUUUGGUCGUUGUUGUUCUGUCAUGCUAAUACAAAGCCCAAGAAUUAUCAUCACAUCAUACAAUAUCAAGCAUUUGGUGUGUUGUUAGUUGAAUCUUACAUCGGACACACAAAACACCACUGACAUUUUUUUAAAACCUUCAACAUUUACAACUGAAAUAGCCUCGCUGUGAUGAAACCUGUUUUUCUUAUUUGCAAGUUUUGGACUUCUGUCAUUAAAGACUGACCUCUCUCCUUUG